UUGAAAAUCAGAUCUCCGAACUUCUACUGCUUCGGGCGCAUGAAAUGGCCUUUUCCAAGCUGGACGUGUCGGUGUUCAAUCGGGAGCAAAACCAGGAGUUCCGCAGCGGCAUGUUGGAGCAGGAGGAGAAGCAGCGCAUGUACAAGGAGAAAGAGGUGGAGGAGGAGAUCGACUAUCUGGGCCCCUACUUGGCGCGCCUGGGCAACCCCGAUGCACUCACCUACCAGCAGGCUCUGGACGUGAAAUACUCCUGUUUGGACGAGUUUCGCCACCUGUUGGUCGCCAGAGCCAACGACAUUCAACAUCAGUUUGAAAAGACUUCAGAUAGAAUCGAAGAAAUUCAGUCCUGGUAUACUGAGAACCACGAAAGAAUUUCCCCGGAAGCCGAAGCAAAGUACUUUGAGGAAGUCAACGAGCUGAUCUUCUAUUUGAGGACAUUGGAAAUUCGACUGUCUCGCCACAAAGAUUUGUCCUUUUCAAGAUAUGAGGCGAUCGUGCAAUACGUGAACAGUCACCCGAUGUUGGACAUUCUCGACCACUUUGAAACUGCUCGAUAACUGUAUGUUUCUGGAAUGAACCUGGAUGUUGCAUGAUGCGAGUUAAUUGGAGCCUUUGGGCAGUAAAUAAAGAUAUUUUCUAAUUGCUAAAA